AUGACUUCCAAAAUCGACAAGACAAUUGCUCGCCAGCAGGAAAAAAUCGCUGCUGGCUCAUACUACGAAGCUCAUCAACAGCUCCGCGUCAUCGCUGCACGCUAUUUGAAACAGUCCAACUACGAUGCUGCCGCUGAGAUAUUGACGGGCGGUGCCAAAGCCCUUCUCCGCGCUGGCUCGCAACAGGGUGCUGCUGCUAGUGGCGGAGACCUUGCGAUCAUGCUUGUUGUGGAGGUGUACAACAAGGCUGAAUGGGAGAUUAGCUCGGAAGAUGAUGCUGCGUCAAGGGCACGGAAGAAACGUCUCAUUGAACUACUUCGUGAAUUUCCUCCUGACGAACCAUCCCGAAAGAGAUACAUAAACGAGAUAAUCAGUUGGAGCUCAAAGUUCGGCCCAUUGGAACGAGGAGACCCAGAGCUCCACCACGCCGCUGGGUCUGUUUACGCUGAAGAAAAUGAACCAUACGACGCCGAAAAGCAUCUUGUUCUCGGCACCACGGACUCUGCAGAAACUCUCGCCAAACUCGAGUUCGAGUGGUAUACAGGUGAUGGUGCGCAUACAGCAGCCAUCUACGCCUCCAGAGCAGUCUUUCCUUUCCUCCUAACGGGUAACCUCCGCGGUGCCAACAAAGCCCUCCUUAUUUUCACAUCUCGUCUCUCAACUGCCAAUCCCUCACUGGCCUCGCAACAAGUCAGCAGUAACAGCUCGGAUGUACGGAUUUAUCCAUCACUUCCUUUGCUCAACUUCCUCAGCUUGCUCUUGAUAGCCGUUCAGCGCAGCAGUGCAGACCUGUUCCGCGAUUUGACUAGACAUUAUACCCCGCAUAUUAAGGAGGUUGGAAUUUGGGAUGAGGCGUUGGCAACAAUCGGAGAGAUGUAUUUCAACAUUAAGAUUCCCAGACAAGGAAAUCCCCUCUUGGAUAUGAUGGGUAACAUGUUUUUCGGAGGUGGUCAGGGUGGCGGUAACCCGAGACUGGGGCCACCUAGCAGAGGUUCGACCAGGAAAGUCGAAGCGGCUCCAUCCAGUGCAGAACUAGACUGA